ACCAACUCCAACAAUACCAGGUUGUCCACGAUCCGAGUCCGGGUAAGGUGGUAUAAGCAUUAUCGACAAUACGACAAACACCACCUCCGGACCGCCAAGCAGGGGGAAGAGGCCAGCUUCCUAAGUGAACAAGUCGUUUCUCCGAACAGUAACGACUGGUCUACUUAUUGAUAAACCGGCGCGGCUCAAUCUCAUCAGAUGGCUACUCCUCGUCUCACAGCUGCUUCCGUCACAAUGGAUACACCGGUUUUGAUCAUUGGAGCUGGCCCAUCCGGGGCGACGGCAGCUCUCCUGCUUGCCCAGAUGGGCCUCAAAUCCAUCGUCAUCUCCAAGCAUAGCGGGACAGCAAACACGCCGCGCGCCCACAUCUUCAAUCAACGCGCGAUGGAAGUCCUGCGCUCCGCAGGACUGGAGGAGCAGCUCAAGGGCAUUGCAUGCCCUGCCGAGGAUAUGCAGCAUACAUCCUGGGUAAACCAGCUUGCAGGCCAAGAAUACGGGCGCAUCUACGCGUGGGGCAACAACCCCUCGCAAAAGGGCGACUACGAGCGGGCGAGUCCGUGUCAAAUGUCGGACCUGCCGCAGAGCCUUUUGGAGCCCGUCCUGGUCGAGCGAGCGACGCAGCUGGGUGCGGAAUUCCGUUUCUCGACCGAAUUGGUUCGCUUCGAGCAGGAUGCGCAGCAGGUGGCCGGGGGGCGAGUGCGCGCUACUCUGAAAGAGCGCACGACGGGGCGCACGUACAAUGUCGACGCCCAGUACCUAAUUGGAGCAGACGGCGCCCGAAGUGCUGUAAUCGAGCAACUGCGGAUUCCGGUCGUCGGACGCCAACACAAUUCGGCGUUCAAUGUGCACAUCAGGGCAGACUUGUCCAGGUAUAUUGCCCCGCGACCCGGAAGCCUCAACUGGGUUCUCAACGUGGACGCCCCCGACUGGUCUGUGGCGGGCAAUUUCCGAAUGGUCAGACCGUGGAACGAGUUUGUCGUGUCGAUGCAUCCAGCUACGCAGCGGCAUACCGACGCCGUCGUGAGCCCGACCGAGGAUACGAUUCGGGAGCGUCUUUGGCAGAUGAUUGGCGACCGCUCGGUGCCCAUUGAGAUCCUGUCUACUUUUACCUGGACGAUCAAUGAGCAGGUUGCCCAACGGUGGCAGGAGGGGCGGGUGCUGUGCAUUGGAGACGCGGCACAUCGCCACCCUCCCAUCAACGGCCUGGGUAGCAACACUUGCAUCUCAGACGCCUUUAACCUGGCCUGGAAACUCGCAUAUGUUCUAAAAGGGUGGGCAGCUCCCUCGCUACUCGACACUCUCACGCCCGAGCGCAAACCAAUAGGCGACGCGGUUGUCCGACGAGCCAACGACGGCAUGGCUGCCCACCGGCGAAUCUGGGAGAUCCUAGGCCAGGACCCCGCAUCGCGACAGGCAGCAGAGGAAACGCUCCGACUCGCAACUGCAGAGGGAGCCCGCAAGCGCAACAAUCUCCGCGACGCAUUCCUAGCGACCGAAGACGAGGUUCAGGCGCUGGGAAUCCAGAUGAACCAAGUAUACUCGUCUGAUCGCGCGGCCGUUGUCGUGGAGCCCGGCGACAUCCCGCCAGUCUUUGAUGAUCUGAAUCCCAUUCGCGAGGUCAAGGUCAGCACCUUUCCUGGAUACCACUUGCCCCAUGUCUGGGUUGCAUCGAAUAAACCUGGCCGGUGCGAGAGGGUGUCUACCCUCGAUCUGUGUAUCCCCGGUGGGUUUACUCUGUUUACGGGUAUAGGGGGGGAGGCAUGGGUGCGGGCUACGGAGGAUAUGAUCAUGAAGCUCGGAGGGGCGCCUAUACGUGCGUACACGAUCGGCUUUGGAUGCGAGUAUAUGGAUUGCUACUGGGACUGGGAGCGGGUGCGUGGGGUUGGUGAUACUGGGGCCGUCCUCGUACGCCCUGAUCAUUUCGUUGCCUGGAGAUGCCAGGGGGCUGUGCCUGAUGCGUUUGGGAAGCUGUGCGACGUUAUGGCCAGUCUGCUAAAGGGUGGAGAGGCCCAGGUCUCACAGUCACAUCUCUGA